UAACAAUAUCGCAAACAUAGAUAAGUUUACGUGUUCAUGAAUUCGUAUAUAAUGUCCAAAGGGGAAGGGCUUUAGAUUCGUUCUUCUUGUUCUCUGGUUUUCUCUUUUCUCUUUUCUUUCGGCUCUGUUCGCUAUUACAUCACCCCCACUUGGCAUCUUACCUCCUAUUGCUCAACAACACAGCGAACACUUGAGAGGUUAAGAUAUAGAGGAAUCUACAAUGACGGGCUUAAAGAAACAAGUCUUUGUGGGGACGUUCAUAUCCAGCAAAAAUCCCAAAGAGCUUGACUAUCAGCAUGAUACGAUUGUAUGUGUUGAUGGAGAGGGUAGAAUUGUCAAGGUCGAUACAGAGGGCGGUAGUACCGAGCAGAUUGGAAAGAGACUACGUGAAACUCUGGACUGGGAGCUCAGCGAUGUAGAUGUUCAUAUUGCGAAGCCCGGCCAGUUCUUCUUCCCUGGUUUUGUUGACUCACAUGUGCAUGCAUCUCAAUACCCAAAUGUGGGAAUCUUUGGAAAGACCACUCUCCUAGACUGGCUGGAAAAAUACACAUUCCCUCUAGAGUCAAGUCUAAAGGACUUGAGCAAGGCAAAGCGAGUAUAUGGCUCAUGUGUUCGACGGACACUAUCCCACGGAACGACAACAGCGGCUUACUAUGCUACCAUCGACGUAGCAGCAACGAACCUUCUCGCUGAUCUCUGCCUGGAGAUAGGACAACGAGCUCUUGUUGGACGCGUGUGUAUGGACAACCCUGACAUGUGUCCAAGCUACUAUCGCGAUGAGAGUGUCGAAGAGGGUCUUGAAAAAACGAGACAGACGAUUCGACAUGUUCAAAAAAUCGACCCUGAGUUUAAACUUGUAUCACCGGUGCUGACACCACGAUUUGCACCCACUUGCUCAAGCGAAUCGAUGAAGGGACUGGCGAAGAUCCAAAAGGAACUGGAUCUUCCUGUUCAGACACACGUUUCGGAGAACGAAGGAGAAGUCGAACUUGUCGCAAAGCUGUUUCCGGAGUCGGAGUCGUAUACGCAAUUGUACGAUGAUUGCGGUCUUCUUACCACCCGGACGAUUCUUGCGCACGCGAUUCACUUGACCGAAGCGGAAGCAAAGCUGAUUGCACAGCGGGGGAGCAAAAUCUCGCAUUGUCCCUGCAGCAACAGUUCACUCACGAGCGGUUCUGCACGCGUAAGAUGGCUCUGGGACAAGGGGAUUACAGUUGGCCUCGGUACAGACAUGAGCGGCGGCUACAGCCCUUCCAUUCUCGAAGCAGCGCGUCAAGCGGCCCUUGUGAGUCGACACGUUGCGAUGGGAAUGGACGAGGAAAAGGAGCGGAGCAAGUUGACGGUCGAAGAGGUGCUUUAUCUUGCAACUCGCGGCGGUGCAGAGGUUGUUGGACUGGCUGAUAGAAUCGGUGGGUUCGAGGAGGGAAUGGAGUGGGAUGCCCAGUUGAUAGGACUAGGGAGUGUUGAUGAGGAUGGCGUGGCGGAGGAUGACGGGAAUGUGAAUGUUUUCGGGUGGGAAACCUGGGAGGAGAAGAUUGCGAAGUGGCUGUUUAAUGGAGAUGACAGGAAUGUCAAGAGGGUUUGGGUCAGAGGGAGAACGGUUCAUGUGAGAUAGGUAAAGGACAAAGAGAUGAGCCGAGACAAACUGUCCAUGUUGUUUCAGACAUGAUAACAAACGCUGGCACCAAUGCUAUUUGUUGGUACAGCAGCAGAGCAGUACGAUCUCUGCCCUCGUGAUCACCAGCGUCAAUGUUUCACUUGAUUUCAUGCUCAUUCAGCCCCAAUAUGCCA